UUGAGAGUGAACUCAGCUGGGGUUUAUUUACACAGUGGUCGGUUAAAUCGAGCAGAUUUAUCAAGAUACUGGGCCGUUGUACAUCCAUUGAAACGCCGACUAACGCGGACACGUGCGAAGCAAGUCGUAUUUCUGAUUUGGACCGUAUCAUUCCUUCUUGCAAUUGCGCAACUCAUUGUUAGUCAUACUAAGAACCGUACAUUCAACAAUACAACAAUACAAGAGUGUAAUGAAUUCUGGCCGUCAGAACAAGCCAAGGCGGCAUACGCGAUGUUUGUCGUGGUAUCAACAUAUUGUAUCCCUUUGAGUGUAUUGACUUUUACUUAUUGGAGGAUUGCCUCAACAUUAUGGAGUAGGAUUCCACCUGGGAACAGAGAUGAAAUACGGGAUGAGACACAACUCCGCUCAAAAAAGAGAAUCGUUAAGAUGUUAGUAACGAUCGUGCUUGUAUUCGGGAUAUGUUGGUUUCCACUCAAUCUCUUCAAUGCUAGUGUUGACUUAUUUCCCAAACUACUCAAUCAGAUAACAACAGCUGAAGCUGAACGGGCAUACCUAGCUAUAUUCUUCAGUUGUCAUUGGCUGGCGAUGUCGAAUAGUUUCGCCAAUCCAAUCAUCUAUGGUUUUCUUAAUGAGAGUUUUCGGAAUGACAUGAGAGACAUCUUACGACGAUGUCCCUGUAUCAAAAGAAACGGCCAUAAUGCAUUCGUAUCAAGGACUAAUUCUACACGUGCUUGGACAUUCCAAAAUGGCAGUGUGAGGUCGUCGAUGAGAUCAUUACGAGGCUCACGGUCAUCUACAUCUGAAAAGUCGAGAUCCCAGAGGGCAUCCUACCGAGCUCCAGUCACAACGUUAUUGAAUGGAGCGACACAUAUGCCCCUUGACAGAAAAUCGACGUCGUACAGCAUUGACGAUGAUAACGAUAUGCUAUGUUCUAACCUACAAACAUUGGAACGUGGCGAUCAAGUUGGAAUUUCAGCCGUCUAACAUUGAAUCUAAGUAAUCGAAUGAUAUUCGAUGUAAUUAAUGGAUACGUUCUGGGCAUACGGCCAUCUCAUAUCAACAAAAUUCAGACUAUCUGGGAUAAAAGAGAUGAUCGUGGAUUUGAACAAUUACAACUCUGAACAAUUUUACAAUGUCUUAGUUCUCAAAUUACUCAUCUUAUUACCAAUGAGACUAUGGAGUACUUGGGAUGAUCGUUAGUGAAAAAUAAAUGGAUUGCAUAAUUACGAUUUUACAAAAUGUAUUAACAAAGAAGGGUUUAAAGGCUAUGGGACGAGGUGUGUACAGAUGUGCUUACACAUGUGCUUACACAUGUUAGAAGUGAAUCAAAUAUCAAAGCAGAUAGAUAAGAAAUAAAUCAAUGAAUGCAAAUGGUCAGAUGAGAACCAAUGAAUGGAAGUGUAUAAGAAAUUAUAUCAAUACAGUCUUGCAAAUGGUCAGAUAAGAACCAAUGAUUUGAAAGUGCAUGAGAAAUGAUACCAAUGCAGUGUUGCAAAUGAUCAGAUGAGAACCAAUGAUUUGAAAGUGUAUGAGAAAUGAUAUCAAUACAGUGUUGCAAAU